AGAAUGAUAAAAAAAACAAAACAUAAAUUUAAUGUCAGCCUAUGUUUAUGUUGUGCGAGAAAUAAACAAUUACACUUCACAGGAAAUGGAGAGAUUUCGAGGCGGUUCUGCCUCCAUUAAUGGCCAGAUAAUAGGAAUUGGUCCUACUGAAUUUGUGCAUAUCCUUAAUUUGUCAACCAAUAUUACUUUUCUUGAGACUGGGCCUCAGCGUCUGAUCCUGCAAUCAAAUGAGAAGCUAGUGGCCGGACCUCUGUCUUGCAUAAUUGUUCCUCCUGCUUACUAUUGCACUGUUAAAAAUCCAAUCAAAAAUUUGGAAGAAGGAAAACAGUGUGAACUGGAACAUGGACACUUUGAUGUACGAUUCCAUCAGGUCGUGACUAUUCAAAAGCGGUACGCCCUCUCCCAGUUGUUAAGUGUAAUCAAGCCAUUAGGCUCCAAGUCCUCCUGGAUCAUCAGGACGGGGAUGUUCAGCAUAAGGCUGGUGAUUGCUUUCAACUUAAUGGUCCAUUGA